GUAAGAGAGAAAAUGGGAGGCAGCUUCACCCACCCAGACUGGGAGGAGGGGAGGACAGACAGCGUGCCCGUCCCUCUAACAGACAGAGGUGAAAAGGAAAGUGGGAAUGAGAGACAGACGUGAGGGGAGAAGAGGAGCACAAUGAAGGAGUGCCAUUGUCCAUCCUGGCAGCACUGCCAUUUCACCAUCUGCUGAAAGAGAGAGAGAGAGAGAGAGACAGGAGAAGUAAAGAGAAGAGGAGGCAGCCAAACGGAGGAUAGGAUAGAUGGAGAGGAGCUGCCGGCAGUGACUUUGUGAAUUAAUCGAGCGGAAGAGCAGAUCAGAGGAGAAGCACGUUUUUCAGGGAGUGGACGGACGGAGAGCCAGAAAGAGGAAGGAGAGGACGGAUGACCGGACAGUCUGAGGCUGUUUAAACAUUAAUGUGGUGCUCAUGUGAAUCUGGAGCCCAGCUUUAAAUGAAUCACCAUGGAUUAUCAACUGUAUGCUUUUUAAACCAAAAAAAGGAACUAUUUAUGCUUUGCCAUCCAUUAAAACAAAAAAAGAAGUCUUAGGGAAAUUGAUAAGACUCACUUUAUACAGAAGAAUUUGAGUUACUUUUCUUGUUUUUUUGUAAAUAUAGACUCUUUGUCACUUCUGAUUUUCUACUCUGCAGGAUGUUAUCUUUGUUAGCUGCUGCAAAGAAUCUUCAGGUUUUUAUGCAAGUUUUUUAAACAUCAGUGUUGUCUUUUAGAAGUAAAUAGUUAGUUGUUGUUUGUACCGUUGUUAAGAAAGUGAUUGUUGUUCUUUUUAAAUAAUAUCAGACGUACAGUUUUACAUGCCCUAGUUGGAGUCAGUGCAUGCAGCCGACAUGGGAUGUCAACAUUGAUUGGGUUUUAUGGCUGGCGCGACGCCGGUCAAACUUUGAUCAUUUCCUGAAACCUAUUGAUCUUUCUAGGAGUCCUUAGUUUUUCCUCCUGUUGGCUAAAAAAAAAAAUCUCCCUUGUGGAGCCUUUGAUGCAGCAACUAAUUGCUGUCUUGUGAUUUGACAAAGCAGUUAUCUCUUUGUCUGAAGAUUUCUGCGGUUGUCGGGACUUCUCAGUAUAUAUCCUCCGCAGGCAUCUCUUUUAAUGUCUGUUGCCAUAGCAACGGGCAGCAGCUGCAGACAGAACAAGAUGUAAAGUUAUUUUUUUUUGUCUUUAAAAAAAAAAUGGUGCUGUUCCAUUAAGGUAGUUGUAUAUAUUUAGUGGAUAAGAAGCAGUGGACUUGAUAAGUCCAUGCUUGUUUGCUGUUUUUAGACUUUUCUUCCUUAGACAGGGUUUUCUUUUCUUCUUUACUAGACAGUCUUUGUCUAUGCGGAGCUCGGGAGUCUCCGAGAAUCAGGGUUGUUUCAGGUCACCUGUCUCCCCCUCCCCAUUCUGUGUGCUAGUCUGCGAGUCGGCGCAGCCCACUUGUCCUGAGCUCACCUUUUAUCAACGGCAACUACCACCUCCAUCAGUCAACCUGAUGUGCCAUCAUUAAGGAUGACUGGAUAAAUGAGAUUAUCGCACUGGUUUCACUUGUACACAUCAGUCUGUGCAGCUGCUCGGCCCAGAGGCCACUAAUCACUGAUCAUUAGGUGUGCUAUGUUUGUGACAGCCUGCUCCUUUUACUGUCUGUGUGUAGGUGACUCAGGAUUUCUCCUCAUGUAGAGGGUCAUUUCCUCUGCAGUCACCUGACCUACACUGUGUUCUGUGCACUAAAACACCCUCGGGCAGGGCGAGGGUUAACUCCGCUCAUAGAGCGUUUCCCUGUGUAUGAGAACACACCUGGAUUUUCCUCUCUAGUGUCCAUUUUUGUUGGAUCUUUUGCCUUUUUUAAGUGCUAAUUUCAGUUUUUAUUAGGGGUGUGACAGACUGUUUUGAUUAUUCUGCAUGUUCUUUGAUUGUCCAAAUACCGGGUGUCUUUUGUGACUUUUCCAGCCAUACUUCUUUACAGCUUUCUGAAGAUCAUCCCAGCCUGUCUGGCACUAGCAGUGCGUGAGUGUGACUUGAUCCUCCAUGGUGCUUUUUGGCUAAGACCAGACGGAUGACUCGCUGGAGUUGCUAGACAAUCCCUCUGUGGUGCUAGACUGGUGUAGGCGACUGUUCCUUUGCCAUGCGUCCAGCACCCACUACAAGCUGGUUCGCUGUACUUCAGUCUUUCUGAAAUGUUAGUGUGUGGAAAAAUUCUCAUUUGGCGUCAGUGAAACACUGGUGCCAAAUUUACAAAGUCGUGUAAGUGUUCUAGUCAUAGUGUGUGUAAACCUUUCUCUCCUUUGAGGGAGUAAAGGUCAAAAGAUUGUAAAUAUGACUAGUGAGUAAGCAGCACUGAGGUGUAGGCCGGCCAGCUUGCUGCAGGACUGUAGGUGUAGCCUUACUUCCUACUGAGGUAAAACUGCUGCAGACUGUUCUGUUUGUGGGACCUUGUGAGAGACUGUUACUGGGAACAGACUGUUGUUUGCCUUCUAGGUUGGACUAUGCAGAAUAUGAGCUGUUAUGCACUGUCUGUACAGUAGUUUGUAAUUGAACUGAGAGCUAACCUGCUGCUUGAUAAGCCCUGCCUUAGAUAAGGAAGGGAGCGUUUCUAGAAUAUAACACUGACUUGUUCAUAUCAUAUGGGGCUGUGUCAACGCUCCUCUCUCAGGUAACCGACUAUAAUCUGGGCUUUGUUGUUAAACCAGGCAGUAAUAGAGUCACGGGGUGAGACGAGAGGUGCACAGAGAGAUCAGCAUAACAACAGUGUAGUUUUAAUAGAGCAUUUCCAGCUGAGUGAGUUCACGUUCAACUCUGAUGAGCCUCGAGCACCAUUCAGGGAACCCUGGGUUGGGAGUUCAAAACCGGACAAAUCAGGUCUUAUUACCAUCACAACAAGCCCACCGGUAGUCAUCAUCAGCCAAUGACCUACAUUCUCUGGUGUUACAUCACCACCGUGCUACUGCAGUGUGUGUCACUAUACCAGACACAGACAACAUCUCAGACUCAACCUACCCCUAAUCUAAUGGUGCUCCAGAAAAAAAAAAAAACACAUCCUAACCGAGGUUGCCAGUUCUAGGAAACACACUUGAACGAAAGCAGCCUCACUUGUUUUAGCCAUAUCAGGAACUUCUGUCAGGAACGGGCCUAACUCCGCCAGCCCAGUCUUAACUUUUUUCUUUUCUUCUUUUCUACUGUUGUCUAAGAAGGUGACCAUGCCUAGCCUUUAGCCAUCACUAAACUCAAAGUUAGAGAGGCAGGAAGACAGGGUUCACCAUUUAUAUAUUAGACAAGGGGACUGUUAAACAGGACAGCCUGGAGAACGGGCGAGCAUACGAGGGAGGGGGCGAGGGGGAGCGAGAGAUCAUCUGGAAGAGGAGAGAGGAAGUGGUGGCGCGGGAGAGGGCGGAGGCGUUGGAGAGACAGAGAUUGGCAGAGUACAUCGUGUGGAGGAAGAGAGAGGACUUCCAGGAGAAGAGAGGAGACAGAGAGAAGGGAGGAAAGAGUGCAGAGAAAGGGAACGAGGCUGUGCCAGAAGUAAUCUGGAAGCGGAGAGAAGAAGAGGAAGAAGGAGACGCAGGGAGGGAGAGAGCGAGGGCCAUUCAGAGAGGAGAUGAGAAACCACUUGGAGGAAGAGAGAGAGGGAGUAAAAGAGGAAUCCGAUGAGAGAUUUGAGAAUCCGAUGCACUUGAAAAGUAGGUGUUAAAGACAGUGUGCUGCGUUGGAUACUAGCCAUACAUCAGUAAGCCUCCUCUCUCUUUUUUUAGCAGUUCUGGGCUUCAUUGAGCUCUGCAGGUGCUCACUGUACUAUCGACCAAUUGGAGCUGUGCAUUGUGUGUGCGUUGCUGCCGAGCUUGUGCGCGCAGCCCCCUUUGCGAUCCCCUCGUUGGCUGCUAAUAGGAUUUUUAUGGGCCUGUGUCAAGCAGGAUAGAGCUGCCAACGAGGAGCUGCUGCACACAUGCACGCAUGUGUGCACGCCAACACACACACAUGCACAGAUAAUCUGAGAAGCAUUGUGGGCAGGGAAGGUUUAUUCUGCCUCACACGCAUGUAAACACAUCACGUAUGAGAGCUCACCCCUCAGUGCAGUAAGACACACGUGCAAGGGGGCGUUGAUAGACAAUCACUUGUGUUGAUUCUCCAUGGUGCUGCCGACAGCUGGAUAACUGGCCCUCACUCAGAGGCUAUUAAGCUGGGACAAGAUACUCACAGAUAUUGUUUUACAUUAUGGCAAAAACACCAAGAUGAACACUUUGCGGAGAGCCAAGACUGUGUCGUCAUCCGUCCCUGGGAACACAAUGAACAUUGAUGCAGAUUUAAAAGUAAACUGAUGACAACAUGAUCUGCACUGGUGCACUAAAAACAAACUUUUUUCAUCUGCAUUCUACCAUUAACUGGGACACCCCACUUUUCCUCUGCGCCUUUUCUCAUUCCGCUUUCAUUGUGGGUAAAGCCGUUUUUAAAACUGUUUGGUUUCGGCCGCCCGGUAAUGAGUGGAGGACAGACAAGCAGACAGAUGGAUGCAGCUCUUACGCUGAGGGAGACAGACAGAUGGCUGUGUGUCCUUUUAGAGAAAAACUUUGAAUACUGAGACAAAGAGACUUUGAUUGAAUCACUAGAGCCUGUGUGGACUUGUGUGGAUAUAAAAACUGACACUGCAGAUUCAUUAUGGAGCUUGUCCCAAAAACCAAGUACACCCACUUUCGGAGUGAAUCGCUGAGCUCGACUGAUGAAACAAACUCCAAUCCAUCACCGUUCCCUCCUUCCAGUCCUGCCACCCCGCUCACUCCCUCCCCUGGUCUACCUUCUUCCCUCUCCUCCUCGUCUCUCACUCCCAUCUUGCCCCCCUCUUCUCCCCGCCAGGCUGAGAACAGCCCCACCACCCUCUGCUCCUUCUUCCCCAGAAUGGGAUCCCUUCGCCUGGGUGUCUCUGCCACUCUUCUCCCAGGACUCAAGGCCUCGAGCAGGCCGCAGCAGCCUCACGCGCCUGUUGAGUCCUCUGGGGAUGACCGGAGCAACUCCAGCUCCUCCCCUCCAUUUCCUCACCCUGUUCCCCCUUUAACUGCUCCUUCUCCCCCUCCUCGACCUCCUCUGCAGGACAUGAACCGGCUGGGAGGGGCGUCCAGGAGGGCACGGGUGGAAGGAGGGCAGCUGGGAGGAGAUGAGUGGACGCGCCAUGGCUCCUUUGUCAACAAGCCCACCCGCGGCUGGCUGCACUCCGACAGUGUGGUCAGCACCGCCGGUGUUUCCUACAGCGUACGGUACAUGGGUUGCGUGGAGGUGCUACAGUCAAUGCGAGCGCUGGACUUCAACACCAGAACUCAGGUCACCAGGGAGGCAAUCUCUGUGGUUUGCGAGGCCGUGCCCGGAGCCAAAGGAGCCCAGCGCAGGAGAAAGCCUUCCUCUCGCUGUAUGACGUCCAUCCUGGGGAAAAGUAACCUGCAGUUUGCCGGCAUGACAAUCAGCCUCACCAUCUCGACCAGCAGCCUCAACCUGCUGGCCGCAGACUGCAAACAGAUAAUCGCCAAUCAUCACAUGCAGUCCAUCUCCUUCGCCUCUGGAGGAGACCCAGAUACGGCUGAGUACGUAGCAUAUGUGGCCAAAGACCCAGUCAACCAGAGAGCGUGUCAUAUCCUGGAGUGUUCAGAGGGUUUAGCCCAGGAAGUCAUCAGCACCAUCGGGCAGGCGUUUGAACUGCGUUUCAAACAGUACCUAAAGAACCCCCCCAAACUGGUCACACCUCAUGACAGAAUGGCUCCGUUUGACGGCUCUGCAUGGGAGGAAGAAGAUGAUGAGGCUGCUCCACCUCCCGACGUCCCUUACUAUAAUAAUUUCCCUGGAAAACAGCCUCCCCCUGGUGGACUGAUUGACAUGAGGACCCGCCCAGGUGCCACGCUGCCUUAUGGACAGCCAGGCCAGAAUGACAUUCACAAGCAGCCUCUGCCGCCUCUACCAGUGGGUGCCAAAGAAGGGGGACGGGAGCUGUUUGAUGAUCCUUCAUACGUCAAUGUGGAUAAACCCCGCCCCCCAGUUGCAGCUAAUGGAAAUGCUCACAGAGAUGCUUUUGACAUGAAGCCUUUUGACGAUGCCCUGGGAGUCUCCGGGACAGCAGCGCCCCCUCUGGUGCAGCAGUUGCAGUGCGAAGCCUGGUUCCACGGGAGCUUAAGUCGCAGGGAAGCAGAGAGGCUGCUGACCCGGGACGGAGACUUCCUGGUGCGAGAGUCUGGGACCACGCCUGGACAGUACGUCCUCACGGGACAGCAGGGGGGGCAGCCCAAACACCUGCUACUAGUCGACCCAGAAGGAGUGGUCCGUACAAAAGAUCAUCGGUUUGAAAGUGUGAGUCACCUGAUCAGUUACCACAUGGACAACAGACUCCCCAUCGUCUCGGCUGGUAGCGAAGUGUGUCUGCAACAGCCAGUAGAGCACAGGGCCUGACCUUACACACACCAAUGAAAUACUCCACCAAAUACACACACACUCCACCAUGAGACAAACACACCUUCAUAUGCUAUAAUACACACAGCAACACUACACUUCACACACAUACAUAUACAAAAAUACAUAUGCACACACCAUUGCAAAGAAAGCCAAAAAAAGAAGAAAAAAAAUCACCAGUUUCUCUGUAAAGUCACUUGCUGCUGUUGCCACAUAUUUCUGUCCUUUCUGAAAGCCAAACUGUGACCUGCAGUCUUCGACCCCCAACAACUAUCAGGCGCAUCCCUCCACAUCGGUGAAGCACUGCUGCAAUUUUUAAACAGCCUACUGUGAACCAGGGAGGAGCCCCUUGCUAAUUUCAGAACGGGGCAGAAAACAAAUGCAAUUUUUUUUUUUUUUUUUAAAGAAAAAAAAAUCUAAAUGAAUAACGAAAAACAAGAAAACAGAACACUUUACUAACAUGGAAUCCUGUACAAAAAAUAGUGGAACUGAGAAGCAAAGAAAUGAGCAUAAAUGGGACAUGGAGUGAGAUUUUUCAGUGCUUUUGAGCAUGUGUUGUGUCAUUCAGGGAAAAAAAAAAUUUCCCCCUCCUCAGACUGUUGCUGGAGCAUGUUAAGCAAAACACGAACUGGAUGGAAAUGGUUCUUUGUUUCAGAGACUGAACCAGACAUAAACUCUCCCUUUCCCUCGAGCACUUCAGAAGCGAACCUGACUUUGAAAAAAAAAAUUCUGCCUGGUGAAUAUGCAUUAACGAGUUUGCUUCCAAUCUAAUCAGGAGGGCCAUCCUACCCCCAACCACUCUCCAUUUAAAGACUUUUGAACUUUGACCCCUGGAGUGAUACCUGGUGAUGAUGAAAGCCUGUAUGCAAAACUGGGGGACUGCUAUGCCAAUGAACAUGUUCUCUUUUCUUUUUUCUUUCCAUCUGUUCUCUUGGAACUCAUUACUUGUUGGAGAUUCUGACUUGAGGAGAAUCGAAACAGCUGUAUCUCCUUAAUCCCUCCAUAAACACACACACGCAUACGCACAUACACACACACGCUCUGCACCACCUUUCAUGCCAAAGAACAUGAACUUGGUCGCUAACAGCAGAGAAAGCCAUGACAACUAUCAGCAGUUAUCUGUCUCUCUUACAGCAUUGGGAGCAAGGUUAGAUUUAGAAUGCAUAUUGAAAUGGGCCUGCUUUAGGGGGGAGAACAAUCAAGGUGACUGUGCCUGAAUACAUCAUCAAAAACUGGGAUUUUUCAAGUAAAAGUGCGUUGAUGUCACCCACAAACACAAUAGCAAGUACCUUUCGGAAAGCAGCAUUCUGACCUGUUGCUUUUUGUGACUCCUUAGUAUGUUUUUGUACUGACAAUCUGUGGGUUAUAUCUUUACAGAGGAUUAAGACUGAAAGCAAAGGAAAGUAGUUAAAUAAGACCCCUUUAAAACGUUGGCCAAUGAGAAAGUAAGCAAUGAAUUUCCCUUUGCAAAAAUAAUGCAAAAUAUGUCAUUGUAACUGGUUCUGUAAUUUCGUGUAUCGUCAUGUUGCUUUAUUUUUUAAUCACUUUUGGGGGGGGGUGUCCUUUUUAAACAAAACACAACUGAAGAGGUCUGGGGGUGACUGAACAUAAGGACAUAAAUGUUUUGGAGCAUUGCUAUUGUUAAGCCAAAUGUUGCGCCUCAGUGUGCUGUUUCCACAAAGUUUUGAGGAUCUGGAGGGGGGAGAAGUUCACGCUAUUGUUUCUCCUUUCCUCUUCCUCCUCCCUCAGUUCAUGGUGUUGUUUUUUUUAUAUAUCUUUUUAAUUGUGCCUUGUUUCUUCAAUGCAGUCACGUCACUUCAAUGCAGUCACCUUAUGUACUUAAUUCAAAUGUAGUGGACUACAGGACAAUACUACACAAGUCUCUCAGUUAAACAAAGACUCUGCAAAAAUGACA